AUUGCAGAAUAUAGGAUGACCGUGCAUCUGUUUGGAGCAGUGUCCUCUCCGAGCUGUGCCUGCUAUGCUCUUAGAAAGACAGCAGAAGACAACAAACACAUGUUUCCAACCGAGGUAAUUGAUAGCGUCCACAAUAACUUUUAUGUUGAUGAUUUUUUGAAAAGUCUUCCAUCUCAACACGAAGCUAUCCAAAUGGUUAAAGAUCUUGCUGCACUUUGCCAUAAAGGUGGCUUCCAUUUAACACAAUGGAUUAGCAACAAUCGUGAGGUUUUACAAACCAUUCCAGAAAAGGAUAGAUCUAAAAACCUGAGGGAACUGAAUUUAGAUCGGGAUGAACUGCCCAUUGAAAGAGCUCUUGGACUUUAUUGGUGUGUCCAGACAGACACCUUUAAGUUCAAAAUGAUGGAAAAGGAGCGACCGCAUACUAGACGUGGAAUUUUAUCAGUGGUGAGCUCAGUUUACGACCCUUUGGGAUUUCUUGUUCCUGUAACACUUCCAGCCAAACUCAUGUUACAGGAGCUGUGCAGAAAGAACUAUGGCUGGGAUGAUCAAAUUCCCCAAAGCCUCGAACAACAGUGGAUAAAGUGGCUAACAGAUCUUCAACAAGUAAACGCAUUCAAAGUUGACAGAUGCAUCAAGGCACAGGACUUUGGACAACUUGAUCAUGCUCAAUUGCAUCACUUCUCAGAUGCCAGCGAAAAUGGCUAUGGAACAGUAACGUAUCUUCGACUACAAAAUCAAAAUAAUGUACAUGUUUCUUUUCUGCUUGGCAAAUCAAGAGUGGCACCUCUCAAACAAAUCACCAUUCCUCGAUUAGAGCUUACUGCUGCUGUCCUGGCUGUUCGAAUAGAUAAGAUGCUUAGAACAGAACUGCAGCUUCCACUUGAUGAUUCUUGUUUUUGGACUGAUAGUACUUCAGUUCUUAAAUACAUAAAAAAUGAAGAAAAAAGGUUUCGUACAUUUGUAGCCAACAGAGUAUCAACCAUUCGAGAAAUAACAGACAUCACACAGUGGAGAUACAUCCAUACCACCCAGAAUCCUGCAGAUGAUGCUUCUAGGGGGUUGAAAGUGGGGAAGUUAAUCACAAACAAGCGAUGGUUAAAAGGUCCAGACUUUCUGAGGACAACAAAGGAGGAGUGGCCAGAAGUCAAUUUGGAUUGUUGCAUUGCUCCUGAAGAUCCAGAGCUCAAAAGGGAGCACAAAAUAAAUGCUGUGAUUAUUGAAACAAAUAACUCAGUGCUGAUCCGGAGCUUCACCCUGCGCUCCCCUUCCCGCACCAGGUCCCGCACCGCCGCGCAGCCUGACCGCAGCACAACUUACCCACCCCGCCGUACCCGAGCCCUGAGAGAGAGAGACGGGGAGCCGCUGAGGGGAGAGGGGAGAGAGGAGCCGCGGGUCGGAGCUUCGGACACUGCCUGA